AUGAUUGCAGAUGCUAUCAGGCCAUUAGUUGAAGUUAACCCAUCGCUAAAGGUGAAAUCUAUAAUUGCAGAAGUUCAAUCUAAAUUCAACUAUACUGUAAGUUACCGUAAGGCUUGGUUGGCAAAGCAGAAGUGUGUUGCAAAAAUCUUUGGUGAUUGGAAAAUUUCUUAUCGGACUCUACCAUGGUGGUGCAUGGCAAUGUGUGCCAAGAUGCCAGGCUCACGAGUUCGAAUAGAGACUCUACCUAUUUAUCGUGGGAGUGAAGAGGUAAACGGCAUAAGGAUACUUCGGCGGGUAUUUUGGAGUUUCUAUCCAUGUAUUAGAGCGUUCAGACAUUGCAAGCCAUUAGUCCAGGUUGACAGCACACGACUUUAUGGAAAAUUUAAAGGUACACUUUUGGUUGCGAUUGCACAAGAUGGGAACCAAAAUAUUGUGCCGAUUGCUUUUGCCAUUGUAGAGAGUGAGACCGCCGAGGAGUGGGACUUUUUUCUUCAUCAAUUGCGAAAAAAUGUUGUUACUCAAGAUGGUGUGGGUAUUAUCUCUAAUUGCCAUGAGUCCAUCCAGGCAGCAAUAGCUCGUAGUGACGGUGCUUGGGCACCGCCAAGAGCACGACACAUGUUUUGCAUUAGGCACAUUGGAGCUAAUUUCUUAAAGAGAUUCAAGGCCCCACACUUGCAUAAGCUUGUUAUUAACAUAGGCUAUUCUAGAACAGAACAGGAGUACAAUAUAAACUAUGAGAGGCUUCGGGAGCGAGGCGAGGCAUACACUAAUUGGUGUGAUGAGAUUGGUCUUCAGCGUUGGGUAUUGGCAUUUGACGAGGGUUAUCGUUGGGGUCAUAUGACGACAAAUAUGGUAGAGUGCAUAAAUUCGGUCUUGAAGGGUGCACGCAAUCUUCCUGUAAAUGCGAUACUUAGAGCUACUUGUUAUUGGCUGAAUAAGUUGUUUACUCGGAAGAGUGAUGAGGCUCAUGAGCAUAUUCGUAAUGGAUUUACUUAUUCAGAGUUUGCCACUCAACGGGUUAAAGAAAAUCUUCAUCGUGCGGGAAACAUAGUGGUAAACCGAUUCAACAAGCACAAUGAAGUGUUUGAGGUUCAUGAAAUGGACAACGGUUCAAUAUUCACCGUUAAUCUUGCGCAACGAGUUUGUGAUUGUGGUCAUUUUCAAGUGGAGCGACUUCCAUGUCGUCACGUGCUUGCUUGUUGUGCUAACCAACGUCUUGACUGGCAAGUAUAUAUAAAUGACGUGUACAAGAUGUCUGAAAUUCGUAAGGUUUACAGUGUAAAAUUUUUACCGUUAGACGACCCAGUUACAUAGCCUAAAUAUAAAGGUCCAAAGGUAAUUGGUAAUCCAUUACUAAUGAAAGUGGCAAAAGGACAACCUAAAUCAAUCCCUACCUGAGCGAAAUGGACUCGCAAA